AUGCAUUCCAAUAACAGUGUUUUUUUUCAAGCAGAAUGCUUGGCCCUUCAACAAGCUAUUGCUUAUGCCACAACGUUACAAGCGUCUUCUGUCAAUAUUUUUACAGAUAGCCUGUCAGCCCUCUUCGCACUUCUUAAUCCUCGCCAUUCCUCUUCUCUUAUACAUAGCAUACAACAACUUUUGCAUGAUCAUGACUACCCGUCCAUACAUUUAGUCUGGACUAAAGGCCAUUCUGGCAAUGCCGGUAACGAACUUGCAGAUUUUCUUGCAAAAGAGGCUGCAGCCAAUUUUCAAGCUGAAUCAGUACAAAUAAAAUGGCCAUAUUCCUACCUAAAACAUGCAAUCUUCUUACAAACUGUGUCCAAGUGGCAGGCUGAAUGGGACUCUGCUACGACGGGCAGAAGAACUUAUUACCAUCUUUCUUACGUACGUAGAUCCGGCUCGUCAGAUUACCAAUCCUCACCUUACAAGAUUCAUCUCUGGCCAUGGGCCGUUCCCUGUCUACUUUCACAGACACCGUACAACAAAUACAGACUUAUGCGUCUGUGGGGAGACGGGAACUCCCGAACAUUAUCUUACUUACUUCGUGUGAACUCACUCGUGCUCAUCAUAUUAAGAUGCCAUCAACUAAUGUACAGGCAUUUGCCAAAUUUAUGGUGA